CCUCUUCCCCCAUCGUGAUGACCGGCAUCGGCCGCCUGUUGCUGCUGGUGUGCAUCGGCCGCCUGCUGGGCGGUGGCGCCGGCGGCCGGGAGCUCUACACCAACACCUGGGCGGUGCGCAUCCCCGGCGGGGCGGAGCACGCCCACAGCAUCGCCUCCAGGCAUGGCUUCAUCAACCUGGGACGGAUUUUUGAAGACGAAGAUUAUUACUAUUUUAAACACAAAGCUGUGAUGAAGCGAUCUAUCAAUCCACAUCAAAUGCGACAUAAGCGGCUAGAAAAGGAGCCCAAGGUAAAAUGGCUGCAACAGCAAGUGGUGAAAAGACGUCAGAAACGCUCAAUUUUUGUUCCUUCAGAUCCUUUGUAUCACAAGCAGUGGUACUUGAACAAUGAAAUACCUAAUGACCUAAAUGUUCUAUCGGCCUGGAAGCGGGGUUAUACAGGCAAGGGUGUUGUCAUCACCAUCCUGGAUGAUGGAAUAGAAAAGAACCACCCAGAUUUGGCUGCAAAUUAUGAUCCUAAUGCAAGCUUCGAUAUAAAUGACGAUGACCCAGAUCCUCAACCAAGAUACAACUAUAAUGAUGAAAAUCGACAUGGGACUCGAUGUGCUGGAGAAGUGGCUGCAGUAGCAAAUAACCUCUGUGGAGUUGGUGUAGCAUUCAAUGCUAAAGUUGGUGGAGUGAGAAUGCUUGAUGGAGAGAUCACGGAUGUAGUGGAAGCCCGCUCUCUUAGCCUCAACCCUCAGCACAUUCACAUCUAUAGUGCUAGCUGGGGCCCAGAGGACAAUGGGCAGACUGUGGAAGGGCCAGCAAUAUUAGCAAGUCGGGCAUUCCUUAAGGGCAUUACAAAUGGACGAGGUGGUCUUGGUUCCAUCUUUGUCUGGGCAUCUGGAAAUGGAGGUUUCCAGUAUGAUAACUGUAACUGUGAUGGCUAUACAAACAGUAUCUACACACUGUCUGUGGGCAGCACAACUCAACUAGGGAAUGUCCCUUGGUACAGCGAGGCCUGCUCUUCAACGCUAACUACCACUUACAGCAGCGGGACCAGAAUGGAAAAGCAGAUCGUUACAACAGAUCUGCGGUUACGAUGCACUGAGAAGCACACUGGAACAUCAGCAUCUGCACCACUUGCUGCUGGGAUCAUAGCUCUUGCUCUGGAGGCAAAUCCUGCACUGACCUGGCGUGAUAUGCAGCAUCUAGUAGUGAGAGCGUCUAAGCCCCUUCAUUUGAAAGCAGAAGACUGGGCUAAAAAUGGAGUGGGGCGCAAAGUGAGCCACCAUUAUGGAUAUGGACUACUAGAUGCUGGACUUCUGGUGGAUUUAGCAACAAAAUGGUUGACUGUUCAUCCACAGAGGGAAUUCAUAGAGAUUAUUAAAUCCCCACAAAUUAUUUCUGGCAACCUUGUUAUCAAGAAGCAUAUCAAUGCAUGCUCUGGAACUAAAAAUUAUAUUCUAUCUCUUGAGCAUGUGGAAGCUCAAAUGUCACUGAGCUAUACUCGAAGAGGUGAUCUGAGGAUUUCUCUCAUUAGUCCUAGUGGGACAUGUUCCAAACUGGUUGAUGUAAGGUAUACAUAUGAUACAUCACCCCAUGGGUAUAGAGACUGGACCUUCAUGACUACACACUGCUGGGAUGAAGAUCCUAAAGGAGUUUGGACUCUUGAGAUUGAAAACAAAGGAAGUUCCAGAAACACUGGAGUUUUGUCUUAUUUUAAGAUGCAUUUGUACGGUACUGAUGAAAACAUGAUGGCAAGACGCAUGAAAGACGCAGUAAUAAGUGAUUGUGUGAAAUGGGAUGAAGAUGGGCUCUGUCAAGAAUGCCAUGGUGCUUUUGUCAUUUUUGGACACCUUUGCCUCAGAUACUGUCCUCCACGAUAUUACAGUGUUUCAAGGACUUUAAAUAAAACGGUGAAUGGUGUUCACAAAAGUUUUACAGUGUUGGCCUGUGAUCCUUGCCAUUCAUCUUGUUACUCUUGUAAUGGCAGUUCUCUCAAUGACUGUGUGACGUGUCCUCCAUUUUCUAAUUAUGAUGAACAUCAACAUUCUUGUUCACCUCCAAUUUACCCAAGGCGUUCUAAUAUGAAUGAAAAGGAAGAACAAAAGCAUGGACUUUACAAAAUUGCUGUGAUGGUUGCAGUCCUCAUUGGUGCACCCAUUGCCUUGAUGUGUGGUGUAAUGUCAUUGUCAUGGUUAAUAUGUCGUUUGAGUAUUGGGCAAGCUUUCAUUGUAACUACUUCGCCAACUGGAGCCACAGAAACAAUGCAACUACAAGUACAUCGUGACACUAUGGAUGAGGGAACUGGAAGUAGUGAGACAGAAUCCACUUACUUUCUUGCACAGUUGGGUCAACAAUAAACUCACUAAAAAAUCU